AUGAAUUUAUUAAAUGUCAAAACUCUACGUCUCGAGAAGUGCAGAGAUGGUACGCCCUAUGCGAUAUUGUCCCACCGAUGGGCUGAUGGACAGGAGUUUCUCUACGAGCAUAUCACAAGCGAUAUGACCGAAACUCAAAGAAAUGAUCACCCGGGCUAUGCUAAAGUCGCUGGUGCAUGUAAACAAGCACGGCUGGACGGUCAUGGCUACAUGUGGAUCGAUACUCUUUGUAUCGACAAGUCAUCCAGUUCUGAACUCAACGAAGCCAUCAACUCAAUGUUCAACUAUUACAAGGAAGCACAGGUCUGCUACGCGUAUCUCGCGGGUUUGUCUCAUACAAUAGACCCUUACAUAGCAGAUGAAUUCGCCACCCAUGAAUGGUUUUCCCGCGGAUGGACACUUCAAGAGCUCAUUGCACCAACAGAGGUCCUCUUCUUCACCGACGGCAACUGGGUAUGCCUUGGGCGAAAAUCCAGCAUGUGCGAGAGGCUUUCUUCCAUCACUGGCAUAGACAGCGGUAUUCUCUCUCACACUCGCGAUAUGCGAUCAAUCAGUGUGGCUAAACGCAUGUCAUGGGCAUCCAAACGAAUAACCACGAGAAUUGAAGACCGCGCGUAUUGUUUGUUAGGACUUUUUGACAUAAGCAUGCCAAUGUUAUAUGGAGAAGGCGAGAAAUCGUUUAUUCGACUACAAGAAGAAAUCAUGAAAGAGUCAAACGACGAAUCUCUCUUCCUAUGGACAGACGAUGGCGCAGACCCAAAUGCAGUUGCAGGCCUUCUUGCUCGAUCUCCAGAUCAGUUCAAAGCAUCGAGUCACUUUUUCCCGUACUACGACUGGGAGCCACGAGCGCCAUUUUUCAAGACAAAUCAGGGACUUCAGAUCACGCUCCCUCUA